AUGCCUGGCCUUCGACUUGGAUCCAUUGCUCCCAACUUUACCGCCGAGACCACCCACGGUGUGCUCAACUUCCACGAGUAUCUGGGUGACAGCUGGGGAAUCCUCUUCUCGCACCCGGACGACUUUACGCCCGUUUGCACCACCGAGCUCGGUGAGGUUGCACGCAAGGCACCCGAAUUCGAGAAGCGCGGCGUCAAGAUCAUCGGACUGUCGGCCAACGACAUUGCAUCGCACGACCGAUGGAUCAAGGACAUCAACGAGGUGGGCAACACCUCGGUCAACUUCCCCAUCAUUGGCGACAAGGACCGCAAGGUCUCGACCGAAUACGACAUGCUCGACGCACUCGACCCUACCAAUGUCGAUGCCAAGGGAAUCCCCUUCACCGUGCGCGACGUGUUUGUGAUCGACCCCAAGAAGGUCAUCCGCCUCAAGAUCAGCUACCCCGCCAGCACCGGUCGCCACUUUGACGAGAUCCUGCGUGUGAUUGACUCGCUCCAGAUCGGCGACAAGUACCGCGUCACCACGCCCGUCAACUGGCAGAAGGGCGACAAGGUCAUCGUCCACCCUUCGGUCCAGGGCGAGGAGGCCGAGAAGCUCUUCCCCGGCUACGAGACCGUCAAGCCCUACCUCCGAUUCACCAAGGACCCCUCGGCCAACUCGGCCUGA